AGUUGUGAUUUAUAAAAUAGUAUGUAAAGGUUACACUUAAAGUUCGCUGCUCAAAAACAUAAUUAUUAUUAAGAAAUGUUUUAUUAACUAAGUGUUAACGAAUGUAACUUAUUGCGUGUUGAUUGCUUUAUUUAAGUUGAUUGAAGAGACUGCAACCAUACCGUUAUUGUGAAUAAAUUCAAAUGGAAUCCACUGUGACCACAUCAGAGUGGACCAUGGAUGCUGGUGACAGGGUAUUGAGUCUUGACGGUGGAGGCAUUCGAGGACUCAUUAUUCUUGAGAUUUUGGACGCGAUCGAGAAGGAAGCAGAAAAGGAAAUCAAAGACUUGUUUGACUGGAUUGGCGGAACAAGCACCGGAGGGAUUAUUGCUCUGGGUAUUGCUACGGGCAAAUCCGUGUCUGAAAUUCGAGCCAUCUACUAUCGACUGAAGGACCAAGUAUUCAAGGGCUCAACACCGUACGAUUCUGCAACAAUAGAAAACUUGUUGCAAACAGAGUUUGGGGACAAAGUAAUGACGGAUAUCAAGAAACCAAAGGUCCUGGUUACAAGCGUUUUAGGAGACCAUCAUCCAUGGAAGCUUCACAUGUUUUGUUCCUACAAGGAAGACGAAAAGCCCGAAGAAGAUCCGGACUUUGAACCAAUCAAACCUCCAGAUGAGACGUACAUCUGGGAGGUUGCCCGCUCUACUUCCGCAGCGCCUACCUACUUUCCUCCGUACAAACAGUUUUUUGAUGGAGGCAUAAUGUCCAACAACCCUACCCUGGACAUUCUCACAGAAAUUCAGGAAUAUAAAGAAAAUCAAAAGGAUAAAAGCCGCGUGCGCCUGGUUGUUUCUAUCGGUUGUGGUUAUGUGAAAUACGCUAAGCAAACGGCCCCAAACCCAAAGGUGCCAAAGUUGUGGGAUGUACUACUUCAUCCAAUCAACACGUAUAGAUCGCUCGAUAGCUCAAAAAGGUUUUUUAUGGACCUCUUGGAACAGGUAGCAAUAUCCCACGGUCAACCAUCGUAUCGUACCAGAGCUUGGUGCCAUAUGAUGGACGUUCCGUUCUUUCGAUUUUCUCCGCUUCUGGUGGAAAAUGUGCCCCUGGACUGUGUUGAUGACAGUGUGCUUGAGAAGAUGCGUCAGGACACGAGAGACUAUAUCAAGACACCUGAACACUUUGACAGGAUUACAAUACUCGUAAGCUAUUUGAAGGCAGGCCCAUAUGUGAAAUCUGAGUUUUGGGGAGACGGACAACGCAAUUCGAUAGAAAAUGUGCCUCUGGGCUGUGUUGGAGGCAGUGUGCUUGGGAAUUGGAGAGACAAUCCUAGUGUGCUUGAGGGUUACAGAGACAGACGACGCAUGGCUGUGAAUGUGCCUCCGGGCUGUGUUGAAGGCAGUGUGCUUGAGAAUUGGAGAGACAAACCACGCAUGAAGACUGGCAGUGUGCUUGAGAAUUAAAGAGACAAACGACGCAUGGUUGAAGAAGAUCCGGAAGAAGAUUCAUAAGAAGAUCCAGAGGAAGAUCCAGAAAAAGAAUUUUAUCCAGAAAAAAGUGCAUGAUUUGUGGUUAAGAGUCCUUCACUUAAUAAUUGAUUACUUUUAAGUACAAUAUUUUCAAGUUGGUUUUACAUAAUUAAUAUUUUUUAUUUCUUCAUGUGCAGAAAACCGCUUUGUAUUUUUUGACUAAAUGCAAAUAACUAGUGUCAGUUAUUGUGCAUUUCUAAGUCUUUUUAAAUCAUCAAACAAUUACAUUUUUUCAUCGUUGUGCGUUUUAACACUGUUUUUUACGGUUUUGGAUUAUGUGUACUUUUAUACAUAUUUUGUACGUACUUAAAAAAAGAAAAAAGUAAUCAUGCACACACAAAUACACAACAUAUGUUUUAUAAGGCUUUCUAUGCAAUCUAGCUAUUUAAAAUAAAUAGUUUAAAACUAAAAAAUAGACAUGGCGUAAGCAUAAACAUCGAGUUUGCAUAUAGUAUAAAUACAUAGUACAUAGUUUACGACUUUUUCUUAAAGUAACAUAAAUACUCAAAAACAACGAAUAUUUGGCAACAUAUUUCGUAAAAUAAAGUUAACCUAUAAAACAAUAAAUGUUUCUUAUAGCAAUAGCAAAAAUUUCAAAUAUAGAUGUGGUAUAGUAAAAUAGAUACAAAGAGAUACAAAAAUGCUAGUUUUUAUUUUUAAACUGUUUUAUAUCUAUUCAUACGACACACGAACACUAACUUGGUUAAUGAACAUGUAUUAAAUAAAUUUGUCCCGCGAACCACCCCACAAAAACAGCAUUAUGUAUCAAGUAAAAUCUCUGUUACCAGACCACGUUGAAAUUUUGGCUAUUGCUAUAAGGACCAUUUUUUAUAAUUUAAUUUUAUUUUUCGAAAUAUUGUACGAACUAUUCGUUGAAUUUUAAGUGUUUUUGUUAAAUUUUGUUUUGAUGCUGUUUUAAGUUUUGUUUUGUUAUUUUGUAUACACUAUUCAGUAGCAAGUAGUAUCGAUAAACAUGACUUUUCAUAAUUCACACAGACCUGUAAUCGGAAU